CUGAGCUUCCGUGUUUACACACCCACAAAAAAACGAGACACUAGUGGCCGUCAGACGAAUGUUUACCGAGCAGGCAUAGAGUGGUGGUGAGGAAAGUGACAGUCACACUGGAGACUUGGUGUAUGGUGAAACACAGGUGAUUUCAGCUUCCACGGUUGCAUUUUAUAGCGGAAUGUUCACUCGAAGGGGGCAUGGAGACGUCAAGAAAUCUACACAGAAAGUUCUGGACCCAAAGAAGGAUGUACUGACCCGGCUGAAACACCUCCGGUCACUGUUAGAUAACAUUGACAAGAGUGAACUGAAGGCGUUCUUUGAAAGCAACUGCUCUCAGAUUUAUUUCAUCUUCUACGAAAACUUCAUGACACUGGAAAGCAACUUAAAACAAAAAGGGAACAAAUCUCAAAGGGAGGAGCUGGACUCUAUCCUCUUUAUUUUUGAAAAAAUUCUACAACACCUGCCUGAGAAAAUCUACAGCCGGUGGCAGUUUCACAGUAUAGGUUCUAUCCUGAAAAAGCUUCUACACACUGGAAAUUCAUUCAAGAUCCGCUGUGAGGGGAUCCGUCUCUACCUGCUGUGGCUGCAGGCACUAAGGGACAACUGUGCUGAGGAGCAGUUCCUUAUCUUUGCCUGUCUAGUGCCUGGAUUCCCUGCUGUGCCCUCCUCCAGAGGGCCCUGCACCCUGGACACAAUCAUUUACAACCCCUUCUCUAACCCACCAGAUGCCAAGGUGGUGCCUGAGGAGAUUACCCCCCUGCUUCCGGCUGUGGUAGGAGAAAAGGUUGCAGAUGACACGACCUGUUACAUCCUCGAAACCCUGCUCAAGUACAUGGUCAUCCAGGCAUCCAGCUUAGAAUGGAGGAACAAAGAAAACCAGGACACAGGCUUCAGGUUUCUCUUCAGCCUGUUCAAGAAGUACUAUCUUCCACAUCUAUUCCCUUCCUUCACCAAGCUUACCAAUCUUUACAAGCCUUUAUUAGCGCUCAAUGGUUUUUGUGACUGCACUUGA